GAAGAAGAAGAAGAAGCAGCAGCCCUCAGCCUAUGAAGACCGCGAAGACAAUCCGGACUCGCAGUACCCGCCACCGCUGUCUUGCUGGUUGCCUGACCCCCUCUGCCCGGCUUCUGGAAUGAACCUUGCUCAUCAGUUGCUGUGUUCGGACUAGAGCCAGGCAUUCUGGAUUCUGUUGGCUUGUGGCUGAAGGGAGACUGGUCUUGCUUGCCGUCACCAGCGUCCGCACCAGUGGGAUGGUGAAAUGAGAUGAGGCUCCGAAAUGGAACUGUGGCCACUGUGUUAGCUUUCGUCACCUCGUUCCUUACCCUGUCCUGGUACACCACGUGGCAAAAUGGGAAAGAAAAACUAAUUGCUUAUCAACGGGAAUUUCUUGCUUUAAAAGAACGUCUUCGAAUAGCCGAGCAUAGGAUAUCUCAGCGCUCCUCCGAGUUGAACACCAUCGUCCAACAGUUUCGCCGCGUCGGAGCCGUGACUAAUGGGAGUCAGGCUGCUCUGAAUACGUUUUCAGAUAAUACCAUAAAGCUACUAAAGGAGUUGACAAGCAAAAAAUCCCUUCAAGUGCCAAGUAUUUAUUAUCAUUUGCCUCACCUAUUACAAAAUGAAGGAAGCCUCCAGCCUGCGGUGCAGAUCGGCAAUGGAAGAACCGGAGUUUCAAUAGUAAUGGGAAUUCCUACCGUGAAGAGAGAAGUCAAAUCUUACCUCAUAGAAACCCUACACUCCCUUAUUGAUAACCUGUAUCCUGAAGAGAAGCUGGACUGCGUUAUAGUUGUCUUCAUAGGAGAGACAGAUCUUGAUUAUGUUCACAGCGUUGUAGCCAACUUGGAGAAAGAAUUUUCUAGAGAAAUUAGUUCUGGCCUGCUGGAAAUAAUCUCCCCCCCUGAAAGCUAUUAUCCUGACUUGACUAACCUGAAGGAGACAUUUGGAGACUCCAAGGAAAGAGUGAGAUGGAGAACCAAACAAAACCUGGAUUAUUGCUUUCUAAUGAUGUAUGCUCAGCAGAAGGGCAUCUAUUACAUUCAGCUUGAAGAUGAUAUUAUUGUCAAACAAAACUAUUUUAAUACCAUAAAAAAUUUUGCACUUCAACUCUCUUCUGAAGAAUGGAUGAUUUUGGAGUUUUCCCAGCUUGGCUUUAUUGGAAAAAUGUUUCAGGCGCCAGACCUCACUCUGAUUGUGGAGUUCAUCUUUAUGUUUUAUAAGGAGAAACCUAUUGACUGGCUCUUGGACCACAUUCUCUGGGUGAAAGUCUGCAACCCUGAAAAAGAUGCUAAACAUUGUGACAGACAGAAGGCAAAUCUACGAAUCCGCUUCCGACCCUCCCUCUUCCAGCACGUGGGUCUACAUUCAUCACUGUCGGGGAAAAUUCAGAAGCUCACGGAUAAAGAUUACAUGAAACCAUUGCUUCUCAAGAUCCAUGUCAACCCGCCCGCAGAGGUCUCCACUUCCCUGAAGGUAUACCAAGGACACACACUGGAGAAGACCUACAUGGGUGAGGACUUCUUCUGGGCCAUCACCCCCACGGCUGGCGACUACAUCUUGUUUAAAUUCGACAAGCCGGUCAACGUAGAAAGUUAUUUGUUCCACAGUGGCAAUCAAGAACACCCAGGAGACAUCCUGCUAAACACAACAGUGGAGGUCCUGCCUCUAAAGAGCGACAGUUUGGAAAUCAGCAAAGAAACCAAAGACAAGCGAUUAGAAGAUGGCUAUUUCAGAAUAGGAAAAUUUGAGUAUGGUGUUGCAGAGGGAAUCGUGGACCCUGGUCUAAACCCUAUUUCAGCCGUUCGACUUUCGGUUAUUCAGAAUUCUGCUGUUUGGGCCAUUCUUAAUGAGAUUCAUAUCAAAAAAGUCACCAAUUGAUCUUCUAAGAAACCAACACAUCCUUCCUGUGACUGUCGAUUAAAGAUAGUUAGCACGGCCUUUUCUGUUGGAACUUGAACACUACCUCUCGGGAAGCUACUGUAGAUAAGAUGAUUGUCAUUUCCACUCAGACAGGGACUCUUCCCAUGGAUAACUGCAUUCAUUGGAAACUAAGCUGUCCUCCAAUUUGAACUUGACACAAACGUUUUACAAUUCUGACAGCCUGUUAAUAUGACUGGGACUAUUUUGGUAUUAUACUAAUACAUAAGAGUUGUACAUAUUGUUACAUUCCUUAAAAUUUGAGAAAACUAAUGUUAAAUACAUUUUGUGAAGGGGGUACUUUUGAAGUUCAUUUAUUUUACUAUUAUAGACCCUCUUUUAUAGAUGAUCAGGGAUUAUAUAUAUAUGAAUAUAAAUAUAAAUAUAUAAAUACACAUAAAGAUGUUAUGGAGUUAAUUUAUUAGAAACACAGUAAGAAGUACAUAUUUUUGUGCAGUAAAUUUUUGAAUCAAUACCUUUUUUUGAAGAAGCGGUUCCCUGGCUUUUUUAAGUUCUUUCUAUAUUUUUUUUUUUUUUGGAGAUGCAGACAUUACAGAUCAAUGCCAUUUUUUCCAGUGCACUGCCAUUCCAGAUUGGUUCUAGAUGGGUUUCUUAACUUGAAGUACUUUUAUAAUCACAGCAAUUCUGAACAAACUAUUUUCAGAGGCAUUUGUCAUUCCUUAAAGCCAAGAUUUUCAAAGACCAGUGUCCUCUUGAGGGUUCUUUUACUGUACUGUGUAUGGUGUGUAGCCACAGAAAACCAGUGUGAUCCCCAGUGUCCUGGUGGGAGGUCCCUGUCUGAGUCUCCACACACAGAAUCCUUCAGGUUUCUUCUGGUGUGGGUGAUGAGACGUCUUUCCUUUUUAAGCUGUCUUUAACCAGUAGUUAGACACCGUGUCUCUUUUGUCCUUUUAUACCCACCCGUGUUAGGUUUUGGAGUUCAGACAUUGUUUUCUAGGUAAUGCUGUUGUGUGAAUCAUAAUGGGUAUAAUUUUCAAACCAAAACUGUACUGUGGGGCUCUGGUGAAAGGUAAUUGUAGCGCUUGUAUGUUUCCAUGGAAUGAUUUGCUGUACUGUAUCAUGAACUUGGAAGUAAAUGCUGUGUCCAGAGUGCUUAUGCCUCCUUACCCUGCAGUCCCAUACAGGACCAGCUCGUGAAACUGCUUUACAGUUAGGAAGGCUGAGCCAUUCUACUCUGGUAAUCCAGGGGCUGCAGAUGUCCAGCAGAUAUGGUAGAGGCCUGGAGCUGUGGGAGGUCCUAGCUGGUGGUCUCCAGCCUGGAGCUUUCUUAGUAGUUGCCUAGUGGAUGGGACACAUAGCACUAAACAGCUAUUUUGCAUGCCGUGUUCUGACUGGGAAAAUAUAGAUUUUUAAAUACUACUGUGCUCUGUGUCAAAGCCCAGCUGACGUUUUUCUUGGGGUUUUGUAAAUUUCCCUCUCAUUUCCUUCAACUUUUUAUUUUCUUCUCUGAUUUCUUAAGCCCAUUUCCUAAGACACAAGCAAAUUCCUUUGAAAAGAGGAAUACCUUUUCAUUAUAAAAUUUGAGCAUUAUCUUCAACACUAAGUGACCGCUAAAGCAGCAGCUUCACAGAUGGGGAGACCACUCGGAUGGGGCUCCCCGAGGGCUCUGGUUGAAAAUCCAGCGAGACCAGUGCAACCCCUGCCACCAUUUGAAUGGCCCUCCAUGGCUCUUUGUGCACAUCUUCUCAAACUCCACUCGUCCCUCUUGCUACUAGGGACCUUUGUAGCCAAGUCUUCUCCUUCAUUCAGGGAAUCUCUCGCUUUUCUCCAUGAGCUUGUUCCCAGUGCCUAGAACAUGCCUGGGCCUUGGCAGGCUCUGUUGGCACCUGGGUCAUUUCUCUCUUAGCUCUGUUUGCCUGCCAUCCUUGCCAUGCACGCACUCACUGUGUCUAGUUUCCCUUUGUGGUGUGUGUUCUCGGACACACUCCAUGCUCUGGAGGCCAGCUCUCCUGUCUUCCACCACAGCAGGUGCUCAUCUGACCCUCAGUGUCCAUCGCUUUCUCCUUUGUGCCCAGUACAGCACUAGACAAUCGAAGCAGAUGUGCUUUCCCCAAGCCAGAAGUUUUCGCCGGAGCCCUGGAGGGUGGUGAGAGGGAAGCUGAGAGGAGGGGAAGCCAGAGUGCCUAGGACUGCAAGGUGUCCACGUGAUACCUCAGAGGCCACCAACCCACUUUCCCCUGAAUAGUGAACGGGAAAAGUGCCAAAGGCAGUACUAAUUCUGUAAAGUCGGCCGUGCUUGGCAUCUGGUAUGUAUUUCAGAUAAAUUAGACUCCAGAGUAGUGCUGGCCCCUACAGAAGGCACAAAGCACAUGGCAGCUGUUGAAGCUGAGUUCUGUGCCCACAAGCUCAGUGGUCACAUGUGGCCAGCAGCCACCAUAUUGUAUCUGAGAAAUAUGGUACAUUGUCAUCAUGGUGGGAGGUUCUGCUAGCCACUGUGAUGUUGAGUAUAAAUAUGAACAUUCUAGAAAGAAGGAGUAGUGCAUCCUGCUGCUGUGAUUGAAAGUAGACCUGUGGAUUCAUCAUAGUCCAGGUAAAGGUGCGUAUUUUGGUGAGAAGGCCAAGAUUGCCUGGCUCGGUGUUACCAUUUUUCCCAGCAUGCAUUGUAUCAGUGUCAAGAGAUAUGUUUGGUUAAGAAGCAUGAGAAAGAGCAAAUGCAGAUGGGUAAUUUAGCUUGUAGUCUAGGUGUGUGUGUGUGUAUGCAUCCAUUAGGGUGUGUUUGAACAAAGGUUCUCAGUGGUUUUUGAAAUUUCAAAAAGCUGUCAGGAAAAUGGUAGACUAGAGUUCUUUUUAGUCUUCCAUACUCAUGAAAAAUAAAGUUCUCAACAGUGCUAUCCCUCAAAAAGUGUAGCUAUGUGGAAAGAGUAUGUUCAGAAGGUCAUCCCAGUUAAUAGUCUGUAUUUGUGGUAUGCAGGAUUCUAAGAAUGACUCCUCCCAUGACCUUGUAGAAUAUCCUCCCCUUCUCAGUGUAGCAAGAGCUGCGACCAUGAUCCAGGGUCAUGUCUUGUUACUUAGCAAAAGGGAGGUUAUCUGUGGGGGACUGAUCUAAUCGUGUGAGCCAUGUCAGGCUAGUCGAAGUGAGAGAGAAAGCAGUAACAGAACUCUGAAACACCAUCGCAUGGAAGGGGCACCCGGAAGGACUGCAGGUGGCCUGCCUUAAUGAUUGGAAGCUUGUUCCCAGCUGAGGAAGUAGGGGCUGCAGUUUUUUCCAGACAACUUUACCCCCACACUUACCCAGGCUUGGAAAUGGACAUCUUCAGAUGAGAGGCCAGCCUGGCAAGCACCUUGACUGCCGCUGUGUAAGACAGUCCGGGUAAGUCUUGCACAACAGUGAGAUAAUAAAUGGUGGUGCUCUAAGUGGCUAGAUGUGUGGUGUUUUGUAACAAGCAACAGAAAAGGAAUUUCAGACAGUUCUGAGAAGACUUCAUAUUUGAUUGCCUGCAAUAGGUUACUUUUUUAAGACAGGGUCUCACCUUGCAGCCCAGGCUGGCCUUGAACUUCUGUGCUCCCAGUUCUGCCUCUCAAGUGCUGAUGUGCAUCACCAUGCCCCACUUGUUGAUAUUCUUUGAUAGACAUACAGAGUAAACUCAUUCCUAGCAAGUCUCAUUCCUGGCUCUUAGCUGGAAUGUUCUGUGCCAGAGACCCCCAUCUCCACUACAGGUUAGAUUUGUAUUCGUGGUUUGGGAAACAGCUGCCAGGAUGAGACUGUGGGUGUGGGAGCAUCUUUUUCUCCGAGAUGAGGUUAAAGUGCACUGACUCAGGGGCCUGUCAGGAGCACCUGAAAGAGUGAUGAACCUUGGUAUUUUAGAUCAGAUUGAAAAGGAGAAAAAUCCCUGCCUGUACAUUCACUCCCAGGCGGGCCCAGCCUUCUGACCCCGCAGCAUGGCGCUGUCAUCUAGAGAACAACACCGUCCAGUUAUACAAACAGAAAAGGGAAAUGUUAAAAAGCUUGAAGUUUACAAUUUUGUAUUGUGCCAUUCAUUGCUGUCCUGGGCCAUGGGCUGAACAUACCUGCUAGAGCUUAGGCUCUCGUAAGUAAUUUUUAAAAAUCACUUAGUUCAGUAGCUAGCUAGCACAGCAUAAACCCUGGAUGUACCAACGAAGGCUUUGUAUUUAGAUGCUUUCCAAAAUACUUCGAUUCCAAGCCAUUCAUUGCUAGCGAAGUUUAUUUUUAUUUGGUUCACUCAUUUGUGCUUAUUAUUAUUAUUUUUUUUUUUAUCAUACUGCCGUAGCCUUGAAGGAAUACGAACAGAACUAAAGGAGUUGAAGGUUAACCACUGUCAGGUCUCACAGCCUGUGUUGUCGUCAUCUUCAUAUGGUAAGGGAUCUUAAGUCCCAGCUCAGUCCUUUUCUAGAAAAGGGCAUUCCCAAGCUAUGUAACAACACUUAUAGCCUGUAAAAUUUAAACUUUGAUAGUUGUGAGGAUUUAAAUGAUUAAUCUUAACAGAUAUAUGCUAUGCUAAAUAUGUUCAAUUUAAUGCAUGUGAACAUACAAUGCUAAAAAGAUGACCAGUCUUUUACAAAGACCAAAAAAAAUAAAAACCAAAAAAACAAAAAAAACCUACAAAAAAGCCAAACCAAGGAUUUUGUUUCCCGUGCCCCUGUACCACCACUAGCUAAAUGAAGCCUUGUUUCUGAAAUACUCCCUUUCUGAGUGUUUGCACUACCUAAAGCAGCUCCUGCAAGAAUAAGCAGGCAGCAGCAGGAACACACUGCAGGCAGCGUGUGCCCGUGUGCCCAGUGUCAGACAGUAACCUGAGUUGGGGGGGGGGAUGUGUGUAGGGAGCCACACCCACUGUGAGCAUGGUGGGAUAUGCAGUGGGGCUCCAGCUGCUCUCAACGAACAGCUGGCUCGCUGUAGGGACAGCUUGUGGAUGCUAAGGAGGCCACUUGCUUUGGCUGCUGCUGCUAGUCCAGUUGAACUAGCCAUUAGCACUUGGUCCCAGAAUAAAAGCGUGGGGGUCCUUAGCUUUCUUAGCAUUUUAUUGGAAAUGCUGUGUUUGCUCCAGCUUGGUGUAAAACCUGAAGCUGCAGGGUCUGAGCCAUACAAAGGCUGCUGGGGACAGUACUGUCCGGAGUGCUGGCAGCAGACUCCUCGGUGUGGAGUCCACUAAGCCUCACCGUCAUGUUCCCCCAGUGGAGUGGAAAACUGCUCAGCUGGAGCACUUCCUCCAGAAAGGCUGUCUUUGCAUUGGGGGUGUUUCUCGGAGCAGCCCAAGGAACCUCUUUGCUAAGCUGUACCAGGUUCUUUUCCUCCUCCUCCUCCUUCAAUGCAUUGUACAUACUUUGCUCGCAGUGUCUUCAUGGGCUGAACGGUUCAUAGCUGCAGUAAUAUUUGAGGGACCUGCUGGAUUUUUAAAGGCAGAUUAGAUUAUUUAUUUUCAAGUUUGCUAUUAAUGUUCUGUUGAAACCCAAUAAUGUCCUGUUGACUGUGCCUUUCAUAAUGGUCUCUGUGCUAUAACUGUCCAUGUGUAUUUGAAAUAAAGAAGUUUGAAAAGCCA